GUGCGCGGAAGCGUUGCUUUACGACUGUUUGGAGAGACGCGCCGGGCCGGCGCUUUCCGCUUGCUACUUCUCUGAUCCACACGUGGGCCGCUGUCGGUGUUCUGGCCAGAAAUUCAUUCCUAUUGGCGUGGACCAGCCAUAUUGAAGGACAGAGUGGCAACGGAGGUCAAGGAUCUUGAGCUGAUGGAUUUUGCUGCUGAAAAUGAAGAGACGUCGGGAGAAGGUCUCCAGAGUGGAGCUGAAGGGGCGCGGCUAAGUCUAGAGUCAGGUGGAGAGAGAGUCAGGGGCACAGUAGGGACCGAGGAGGCCGGCGGUGGAGAGGCGGGGAAUGGGCUGACCGGAAUAGGGAAGACAGGGGAAGGGGAAGAAGGAAAUGGACCAAGGGCAGAGGAGAUGCGAGUGGAUCUAGCAGUUGUGAAGCAAGAAGUAGUGGACUGGUCAGAAAUGGAAGAAGGUAUGCGGAAUGACCAGUGGGUAAAGCAGGAGGUGGAGGAUGGGCCUGAGGUGAAAGAGGAAAAACCAGGCACGUUGGAGGUGAAGCAGGAGAUGGAUAGUAGUUUGAUGGUAAAAGAAGAGAAGGUGGAAGAACCAGAGCUAAAGGAAGAGAACGUGAAGGUGAAGGAAGAAGUGAUGAACUGGCUAGAAGUGAAGGAAGAGAAGAAAGAUAGCUUGGAGAUUAAACGGGAGGAGAUGUUUCUUGAUCAGAACGUAAAAAAGGAGGAAAUAAUGGAUGAAGUGUGUGUAAAAGAAGAGAAGUAUUUCCCUAAAGAAGAAGUGAUGGAUGAUACAAAGGUGAAAGAAGAGCCUCAGAUAAAUCCCCCAGUGGUCUCCAAGCGGAAACUGGCCAUGUCAAGAUGUGAAACUUGUGGUACAGAAGAAGCAAAGUACAGAUGUCCACGUUGUAUGCGCUAUUCCUGCAGUUUGCCCUGUGUAAAGAAACACAAAGCAGAACUGACAUGUAAUGGAGUUCGAGAUAAAACUGCAUAUGUUUCAAUGCAACAGUUUACUGAAAUGAAUCUCCUAAGUGAUUAUCGAUUUUUGGAAGAUGUGGCAAGAACAGCAGACCAUAUUUCUAGAGAUGCUUUCUUGAAAAGACCAAUGAGCAAUAAACAUAUGUACUUUAUGAAAAAUCGUGCUCGAAAGCAAGGUAUUAACUUAAAACUUCUACCCAAUGGAUUCACCAAAAGGAAAGAAAAUUCAACAUUUUUUGAUAAGAAAAAACAACAGUUUUGUUGGCAUGUGAAGCUCCAGUUUCCUCAGAGUCAAGCUGUGUAUGUAGAAAAAAGAGUACCAGACGAUAAAACUAUUAAUGAAAUCCUAAGACCUUACAUUGAUCCUGAAAAGUCUGAUCCUGUAAUUCGUCAAAGGUUGAAAGCCUACAUUCACUCUCAGACUGGGGUCCGAAUUUUAAUGAAGGUAGAAAAUAUGCAGCAAAAUUUAGUAAGAUAUUAUGAAAUGGAUCCUGACAAAAGUCUCCUUGACAAUUUGAGGAACAAAGUGAUCAUUGAGUACCCAACAUUACAUGUGGUAUUAAAAGAAUACAGUAAUGACAUGGAAGUUCUUCAAGUGAAAAGUGAAUCUACUAAGAACAUUGGCAAUUAAAAUUGAGCACUUCUUUUGGAGGAAGAACAUGAAAAUUCCCAGACAAUUGCAGAGGACCUUGUUGGAAGAUUUGGGGAUAUUGUCGCUUGGUGGUUGGAGUUUUUUGUUUCUCUGGAAAGUAAUUAAACAGUCUUGAAAAAAAAUUUUUUAAUGUAUUUUCUAGCCUCUUGAAUUGACUCGUAAGGCACAGGCUUUAAUACGCUUCAUUCUGUAGGCUGCAAAUUUUUUUAUUUGUUAGUUUGAUGCAAGACCAAACCCAAGGAUCACCUGUAUCAGCCACAAAGUUGGCGUUCUCUUUAGUGUAACCUCACUAAACAGAAUGGCCAUGUGGCAGACCAUCUAGCCACAGGAGGACUAGUCCAUCAUUUGCCUAUUCUUGUCUUUGGGAUUUAUAUGUAACUUAACCUCUUGAGACAACUGGAUGAGUCUUUUAUACUUGGGUAGCACCCAGUAUGAUGUCCUUUGUAAAUGGUUGUCUAAAUACUCUGAACUGCUAUUUCUUAUAUUCAUUUCAGAAAAUCAGUGGCUCCACAUUGUUUGAACCAUCAGUGCUCAUGAAUUUGGCUUUACUUGUUCACACAGUGAGCUGUGUCUUACUAUGAAUUCUGUGCCUUUCGUCCCAUUCCCACUCUACUCUUGUCAUUACCACACAGGGUGUUGUGAUGAGCAGUUUUAUGCUGUGUUUUGAAACAUCUAGCAAUAACUGAAAAAACACUUGGAACUCUUCAAAGUGUUACUGGAAUGUAUGUGUGUAUUUAUGUAUAUACAUGUAUAUACUUAAUUUAUAACUUACGGCAGCUUUGUAUACAUUAUGAUCUCACAUAUUAAAAUUAAAGUUUCCUAGUUUUAUUGGAAUUUAUACAGUUAUAAAAUUGCAAUAUGACUAUAAAAGAUUAUUACAUCUGUAUUGCAUCUGUGCACUUAGUGGUUAAAAAAAACAAUGACAAAAUUGGACGUUAGUGAAAUUCAUUUUUAGUUUACAAUUAGAAUCAGUUUUAGACCAAAAGGAAACCAGAGGUAUUAAAGAGACUUGGAAAGAUUAGAACUAUGAAAAGAUAAUGAGAACAUGAGCGUAGGAGAAACUUUUAGAACAGAUAUAUGUAACUUGGUGUACAUAUAUAUAUAUAUGAGAAGAGCCUCUAAAGACAAUAGUGGCACAAAGACCCUUGGUAUAAAAGUGAUAGUGGAAAUGUGAUUCAUAGACACUAAGGCAUUGCCAUUUGAGAAAUAUAUAUACUUCCUAAAGCAGCUUCAGGAAUCUUCUCCUCAUAUAGCAAAAACUUUGUGUAGAAUUAUGUUUUGCACAGUAUUACUGGAGAGACAAUGAAAUGGGAAUUCAAAAUUUAACAGUGAAGUUUGUCUUCUUGAGACAGGCAAGAAAGAGAAUGAAUUGAAUCAAAUGUGUCAUAGAAUUGUUAUUGGGAAAAGUGGGAUAAAGUACACAAAAAGAACACGUGAUCUGAAUAUCAGGGUGGAGAGGAAUUUCCUGACAGUGAAAUCUGUUAUGAUGUAGUCUCAUUUCCAAGAAAAGUGUUGAGUUCCAUCCCGUUUAGAAUUUAAAUUGAAAACUGGACAAAAAUCAAAGGAUUUAUCCUGUACUUUCCCUCCCCCUACCCAGGUGGAAAAAGAAAGGGAAAAAACCCUACAUGAUCUAAUGCAUCUUUACCAUCCCUAUUGUCUAGAAUUCUAUUAGACUUUAUAGUCUAUUCCUUAGGAAAGAAUUUAACUAGCAGAGUUCCCUUAACAUAACUAUCAACCCAUUUGAUUAAUAUGCACAUUUAUUCCCACAGGAUUUACAAUAAACACGUGUUUUAGUGAAUAACCAUGUCAACUGCUUGGAGGGGGUGAAUUGGAAUAAUUCACUGAGAGCCCUAGAAGUUUGUAGUAUUACAACCCAAUUUCUUUUUUAGAGGCCUUCACCAUUUUGGAUUCCUGACAAAUUCUGAUGAAUAAACAAACUCCCUGACCCAUGUUAAGUUCAACAUCCUGCAUUUUGUUCACGAACCACAUUUUAAAAGAAAAGUUCCACCUGGCCUUCUUUAUUUUUUAAACAAUGAUUUCAAAGGGAAGGUAGGCCUUUCAUAAUUGCUAAUUAUUACAUAUGGGAUUAACAGCCAUAAAUUUACAGCAAACAAGACUUGUACCUGUUCAUAUUAUAAAUAUGAAUUAAAGAGAGUUACUAUAAUAUUUAAGAUUCCUAAGUGUAGUUGAGCCAAUUUGUUUCUCUGUAGCAAGUGAUGGGAUUCAGGUUUCACAAUGUAUAGUAAAAUGUUAAACACAACUAUGAGGCCAACAAUUUCCUUUAUACAUUUUGUUUAAUUUGGUUGGCAUAUACAGUGUGUUGUACCUGAUUUCUUAUCAGUCAUUAAAUAUUAAGUAAAGAUACCUACUCUGCUUUUAUUUAAUUGUAAAUUACUGUCUUAAAAUGUGUUGUUUAUUUUCAGAUAGAUAUUAUAUACUUUUGAUUAUUAACCAAUCAUCUUUCAAUUGCAAGUGUCAGAAACUCAAACUAGCGUCAGCAUGAAGGGCAGUUUACUGGCUCCUACACAGGGAAACUCAGGCAUGGCUGGGUCCAAAGAACCAAAGAAGCCAUCUUUCCACCUCCCAUACUUGACCCUGAUUUUUUUUCCUGGAUUGGUUUUCUCUUCCAGGCAGACUUUCUCUGUGGGGAUGCCCUCUUUGAGGUGGGAAGCAGUGAGAUGAGGAUGGUAGGUGACAGCUGUUGACAGUUUCAGCUUACAUCAUCAUAACCAAAGCUUGGCAGCAAGUUAUGUAAAAUUUGGAGUAAGAACUUUUAUUUUAUCCAGAUUGGAUCACAUUCCAUUCCUGAGCUGAUGUGGAGUUCCCGCAAAGGAAGGGAAAAUUAUCAGAAAAGGGAAAGGUGUAGGGAGCAGGUGACGAAAGGUUGUUCCUGAGAAUACAAAAGUAACAAACAGAUGUCCACUGCACACUUAUUUGAAUUUGAGUAGCAAGAGGUUUCUGAGUUGAAAUAGCAUAAGGAGUAAAAUUCAAAAUUAACCUGCAAACCUUCAUUGGCUUUAACUAGAGAUUUCAGUUCCUAUUUGAUGCCAUUGCUGCUUUGAGUUGCCAUUAUGGGCUUUUUUUUUUUUUUUUUAAUGCUUCCCAUUUGUGUUUGACAUUAUGUUGCUACUGGUUUGAUCAGAUGCACAGAGCACCAAUCUGUUUCCAUCAUGGAUUUGGAAAUUUCCAGUUUCAUGAACAUUUGAGAAAUACUGAUUUUGAAAUCAGAGUUGUACUGGAGGAUAAUGCUUCAAAAAAUGAAGACUAUUUAAAUAAAAAUAGGCCCUUAAAUAAAC